AUGGUCGGGUACCUCCUCACUGACUCGCUCACAAGCAACGCCGAGGACCGCAUCUACCAGCACGUGCACCUGGACCCGGGGCACAUGCUCCUGGGGAUGCAGGCCGCCUCCGGCAUCGUCGCCUGGUGCACCCUGCUCGUCAGCGGCCAGCUGGGCCCUGCGGUCCUCUUCCUGGCGGGCCACUCGAAGGCGCUGGUCCACGUGUUUGUCCUCGUGCUGGCGGAGGCCUGUGGCGCCUAUGCGUGCACCGUCACCGUGCGCCUCUUCGGGCCCGCGGUCUUCACCCUCCUGCUCAUGUCGCACCAGAUUCUCAGUCUGCUGAUCUCCGUGGCCCUGUUCAACCACAGGGUCAGCCCGUGGAGCUGCUUCUGCCUCGUCGUGGUGGCCCUGGUGGUCCUCACCUCGUCCAUUCGGCGGGUCACCACGACACGCCAGGGCGUCUCCAAGGAGAGGUGUAGAAGGAGUAACCCGACCUUGGGACGGAUUCGACAUGGUGCGGUCAGGCGUCCUGCACCCUGCACGGCCUCCUGA